GCGGACACCAGGGCGGCUCGGCAAAAUGGCGGCGCCCAGCGCCCGCUGUCUGUGGCGAGCACUGGCCCCGCGAUGCGGGUGGGUCCUCCCCGGGCUGGAGCAGCGCCUCGCCGUCCCCGCCGUGCCGAGCCCCGCAGCCACCCGGUCCUACGCGGCUGCAGCCAAACCUGCCAAAAAAGAUGCCAAGAGGACCAGGCAGGAGAAGGUGAAGAAGCCCCCGCCUCGGAGGCGGCCGCUGAUGACCAAGCCCGUGGAUGAUGUGUACCUGACGUGGCUCUACAGGAGACCCUCCUACGAGCUGGAGCAGGCCGUGGGCAUGCUCAAGAGAUUCCAGGAGCUGGACUUCACCCACCCCAAGCAGUUUGUGUACAUCAAUGUGUUCCUGGAUAUGGCACUGCAGAAGAAGAAAAGAGUGGAUCCUUUUUCCAGCAGUGUCACUCUCCCCCAUCGCUUUACGGAUGAAAUGAACAAGGUUUUGGUGUUCACAGAGAAUGUGCAAGAAGCUGAAGUAGCUCGAGAGCAUGGAGCUGCCAUUGUGGGAGGAGUUGAAUUAAUCAAAUGGAUCUUGGAGGAUGAAAUCCAGGCCGAUUUCUACGUGGCUGUCCCUGCCAUAAUACCCAAGCUGAUUCCCCUGAGGAACAAACUGAAGCGGAAGUACCCCAGCACCCGCAGAAACUCCCUGGGCAGCGACAUCCCCAAAAUGCUGCAGUUCUUCAGAGAAUGUCACGAGUACGCGGUAGAGGACGAGAGUAUAAUCAAGACAAGAGUAGCCAGACUGGAUAUGCCUACUGAGCACAUAAUUGCCAAUCUGAAAACAAUUAUCCACGAUAUCUGCACCUUCAAGCCAUCAAAUUUCGAUCCCAUUGUGCAGAGGUUGGUUAUCAGAUCUUCCACCAGUGAAGGUUUGCUGCUGAACCUCGACGGAAUCCUGCCUCAGGUGGAGAAAGUAGAAGAAAAAGAGGAAGAAAAUGCAGUUGAUGAGGAUCAACAAAAACCUGUCCAAGAAUCUGUUAGUACCUGAUGUCUUUUUCCUUGUAGACCUGAUGGUCGAGCUCGGGAAGCAAAUGGUGUCAUUCAAAUCAUGCUCUGUGAAAACAAAAAAUAAAUGGAACCUAUGGAUUUCAUGUGUAAA